AUGUUAAAUCUUUUUGAUUUUGAGGCUGUUGCUCAGCAAAUUUUAAAACCUGAAGCAUGGGCUUAUUACAGUUCAGGGGCUGAUGAUGAAAUCACUUUAAGAGAAAAUCACAAUGCCUUUCAUCGUAUCUGGAUAAAACCAAGAGUUAUGAGGAAUGUAUCGGAUAUUAGCACCAGUACAACAUUACUGGGUUAUUAUUCAUCAUUUCCUUUAUACAUUAGUGCUACUGCAUUAGGUAAAUUAGGCCACCCUGAAGGUGAAGUGGUUUUAACCAAAGCAUCACACACACACAAAAUUAUUCAAAUGUUACCUACACUAGCAUCAUGUUCUUUAGAUGAAAUGACAAAUGCAAGAGGUGAAGGACAAAUACAAUUUUUUCAAUUAUAUGUUAAUAGUGACAGAAAUAUUACAAAGAAAGCUGUUGAGAUUGCAGAAGAAAAAGGGUGUAAAGCGGUCAUGAUCAAUGUUGAUGCGCCGCAAUCGGGAAAGAAGGACAUGAGAGUUAAAUUUGUGGAUUCGCCACCAGAUUUACAAGGUGAAAAUAAUUUAAACCGUGAUCAAGGUGCUGCUAGAGCAAUUACCUCAUUUAUUGACCCAUCAUUAAAUUGGGAUGAUUUGGAGUGGUUUAAAUCAAUCACAUCUAUGCCAAUCAUGCUCAAAGGCAUACAAACAGCUGAAGAUGCUAUCCUAGCAGCUAAAUACGGAUGUGCUGGUAUUGUAUUAUCAAAUCACGGUGGCAGGCAGCUUGAUUUUGCUAGAUCAGGAAUAGAAAUUCUACCUGAAGUUGUUCAAGCACUCAAAAAAGAAAAUUUAUUUGAUAAAAUCGAAAUUUAUGUUGAUGGAGGUAUCAGACGUGGCACAGAUAUUUUCAAAGCAAUAGCUUUAGGCGCGAAAGCUGUUGGUAUUGGUAGACCUAUGUUGUAUGCUAUGUCAUCUUAUGGUCAACCAGGUGUUGAAAGAGCAUUGAGGUUAUUAAGAGAUGAACUUGAAAUGACGAUGAGAUUAGCUGGUGUAACAUCCUUGAAAGAAAUUACACCUGAUUUUGUUGACAUUAAAAAUUUAAAUGACCAUAUUUUUGUUCCUAAAGAUUAUCUUUUUUCAAAUGUUUAUGAUAAACCUUUUCCAAGAAGAAGUAAAUUAUAA